AUGGAUUUCCGCCGGAGACCUCCCAAAUCUCCGGUCACUCCUUCCUCCGACGAUACCUCUUACCGUUUCCACAAAGAUCUCACUCCUUCCUCCUCCGAAGACCACCGCCGUACCACCAUCCCUCCACCGAAAGCCUCCGACGCUCUUCCUCUCCCUCUCUACCUAACCAACGCCGUCUUCUUCACACUCUUCUUCUCCGUCGCUUACUAUCUCCUCCACCGGUGGCGUGACAAGAUCCGUUACAAUACCCCUCUUCACGUCGUUACAAUCACCGAGCUCGGUGCUAUUAUCGCUCUCAUCGCCUCUUUUAUCUAUCUCCUAGGGUUUUUUGGUAUUGACUUUGUUCAAUCAUUUAUCUCACGAGCUUCCGGUGAUGCUUGGGAUCUCGCCGAUUCAACCGAUGCUGAUCGGAAUUUCAUCAUCAACGACGACGACCACCGCCUCGUCACCUGCUCUCCUCCUCCUCCCAAAUUACCAAAUCCGGAGCCUAUCGUUACCGAAUCGCUUCCUGAGGAAGACGAAGAGAUUGUGAAAUCUGUAAUCGACGGUGCGAUUCCGUCUUACUCUCUCGAAUCUCGUCUCGGUGAUUGCAAGAGAGCUGCGUCGAUCCGGAGAGAGGCGUUGCAGAGGAUAACGGGAAGAUCGAUCGAAGGAUUACCAUUGGAUGGGUUUGAUUACGGAUCGAUAUUGGGGCAAUGCUGUGAGAUGCCUGUUGGGUAUGUUCAGAUUCCGGUGGGGAUUGCUGGACCAUUGUUGCUUGAUGGUUAUGAGUAUUCGGUUCCUAUGGCUACAACGGAAGGGUGUUUGGUUGCUAGUACCAAUAGAGGCUGCAAAGCUAUGUAUAUCUCCGGUGGAGCCACCAGUACAGUUCUUAAAGACGGUAUGACUAGAGCACCGGUGGUUAGGUUCGCGUCGGCGAGACGAGCUUCUGAGCUUAAGUUUUUCUUGGAGAAUCCAGAGAGUUUCGAUACUUUGGCCGUUGUUUUCAACAGGUCGAGUAGAUUUGCGAGGCUGCAAAGUGUUAAAUGCACACUUGCAGGGAAGAAUGCUUAUGUAAGGUUCAGUUGUAGCACUGGUGAUGCUAUGGGGAUGAAUAUGGUAUCUAAAGGUGUGCAGAAUGUUCUCGAAUUCCUUACCGAUGAUUUUCCCGACAUGGAUGUGAUUGGAAUCUCCGGUAACUUCUGUUCGGACAAGAAACCUGCUGCUGUGAACUGGAUCGAAGGACGUGGGAAAUCAGUUGUUUGUGAGGCAGUGAUAAGAGGAGAGAUUGUGAACAAGGUCUUGAAGACGAGCGUGGCUGCUUUGGUCGAGCUCAAUAUGCUCAAGAACCUCACGGGGUCUGCUAUUGCAGGCUCUCUAGGCGGAUUCAACGCUCACGCAAGCAACAUUGUCUCUGCUGUAUUUAUAGCCACUGGUCAAGAUCCAGCUCAAAACGUGGAGAGCUCUCAAUGCAUCACAAUGAUGGAAGCCAUUAACGACGGGAAAGACAUCCAUAUCUCCGUCACUAUGCCAUCUAUCGAGGUGGGGACAGUGGGAGGAGGAACACAGCUUGCGUCACAAUCGGCGUGUUUAAACCUUCUCGGGGUUAAAGGAGCGAGCAAAGAGGCGCCGGGGAUGAACUCGAGGAGGCUAGCGACGAUAGUGGCAGGGGCGGUUUUGGCCGGAGAGUUAUCUCUAAUGUCAGCUAUUGCAGCUGGACAACUAGUGAAGAGUCACAUGAAAUACAACAGAUCCAGCCGUGACAUAUCUGGAGCUACUACUACGACAACAUGA